AUGUCAGUUGAGUGGCAGAAGGAACCAGAUUUUCUGUCCGUGGAAGACGAUGAGGCCUUAGUCAAUUUAUACUACGCAAAUUUUCAUGCGGCUCACCCGAUCCUGGUACCACGCAAUCUCUAUGCAUUGCAGGCCUACCCGGGUUAUCUCAGGCUGGUGGUCCAUUUUGUGGGUAGUCAAUUUUCCAGUACUGUCUCUAGCGACACGCUCCUUGGCCAGGUGACCGAGCAAUUUUCCAAAGCUGUAGCCGAAGAUACACCCGCUACCAAAUUCCAUCUUGUGCAAGCGAAACUACUCUUUUCAAUCGCAAUACACGCUCGCAAUGAAAUCCAAGAGUGCACCGCAGUCCUCGCGCAAGCCGUGUCCCUGGCUCUGGAGAUAGGCAUGCACAAGAAAAGCUUCCCAAUCGUACAUGGCAUGCGAUCAGCUCUCGAGGAGGAGAGCAUGCGCAGGACGUGGUGGGAGCUGUACGUGACAGAUGGAUUUAUGGCUGCGCUGCAGCGAAAGCCCAGCUUUCAUUGUCAUACCGCGGAGUCGGACGUGCUACUUCCAUGUGAUGAGUCCUCUUAUUUGGAAGGUUCGUUCACAAACGAACCCCUAUCGCUUGCCCAAUUCGACGCACGGAUCUAUUCCGAGGAGGAGAUCAUAUUUUCCUCAUUUAGCUAUCGGAUUGGGGCGAUACGCCUUCUGGCGCGGGUCCUCGCCAUCGCCUGGACGCAUGAUCUGAACGAGGAUCAUGUCAAGAUAAUCGAUAGCGCCCUGGCGGCGUGGCCGCACCACCUGGAUUCGGCUAAGGCCGACAUGUGUAAUAGUGAGGAUGAAAUGCUCUUCCAGGGCCACAUGUUUAUCCAGUUCUGCAUAAUGUACCUUCAUUUCCCGCGGAGCGAUCUUGUGGCAACCAUUCCGGGUGCCAGCAAGGUUAUUCGCCAGCAACAGCUGCUACCUGUCUACAGCAGGAAUAUGCACGGCGUCAAGGCCCUGGUGGCCUCAAAGCAGCUUAUUGAGCUUGCUACGUUGCAAGUGCCAGUACAAAAGCAUACGCCGUUUUUCAUCUGCGGCAUUGUCUUUGCCGUCCUGGUACAACUGUCAGCAUGCUGUUUAUCCGGCGCAUAUGGCACUCCGGACCAGUUUCACGACCGUAUCUCACUUAUCAUAGGCAUUCUCAAGACAUUGAGCCCGAGUUGGGCGCAGGCGAAGAUCACUCUGCGCAAGGUCAAGCGUAUGGCAGCUGAGACACUGUUGCGGGACGACAGCCACAGACCCGCUGCUGUGCAGCUUAUGUCGCCCAAUGACAGCAGGAUAGAUUUUGUUGCGCAUAUGUAUGACCUACCUAUCGAUGAUCUUCCGUGGAUUGAUCUGUUUCAUUGGGGGGAUACCAACGAGAGGACCUUGUAA